AUGAUAGAACUACUGGAUCUGUGUUAUGAUGUACUGAUCGGAAUUCUCGAGGAGAUAGAGCCUCACGAUCUGGCGGCAUGUGCACAAACGUCCAGAGGCUUCAACCAAUUCAUCAAGGAGAACAAGCGGCUUUACAAAACUCUGUACCUGAAGCACUUCAGAGAAGAGUUUACAUUCGUUGCAACGACCGUCGACGAGCUGAUCGCCACGAUGUCACUUGAUGAUUAUGGCGUGACUCACAACAAGCGCUUAGUGACCGACCAGUUCCAGCGUAUCGCACAGAAUCACGAUGCUUUCAUGUGUCGCUCCUCGCUUUUCGACCGUGCCGGUACAGGAAAGCAGAGGCCAGCCGGGGAUGAAGAGAGCCGACAACUCAGCGCAAAACUGCAUAGCUUGUUCGGCUUCCCACCAUCUAACGCUGGAAGAAGAGAUCUCUCAACAAACCCGUAUGCCAGAUCGCGUGUAUACGACCUACGAAACUACACCGAUAAUAACGAGUGGGGUCCUUUCCGUGACGAUGGCACCAUGCGAGUGGAUUGGGAGAUGAUCGAAAGCAUCAUGAUUGUCAUCGGCUAUAACUCCUGCUACUGCACGCAUACCGUAUCGAAUAAACUCCGGCCACCAUGGUUCGCUCCACUUGAUGGUUUGAUUCCGGGAGACGCUCAUCAGAUGGGUACCGGACGGAACUAUAUGGCGUUGGUACAGCAACCGGACAUUUCCCUCAACAUGAAGGAUCCAUACGGAGUGGAGGGUAUCUGGUCACGUAUCGUAUGUUUCCUCGAUUACAACGACUUGUACCAUUACAACUUUAGCACCGAGGCGAUGAAAGUUCCUUCCGACGAGCCUAGAGAUGCUUUGAACACCGACGAAGCCAUCAGACACAUCAUCAUGGAUUUGCGUAUCACCGAUGUCACAGCACCGGGGCCUUUCGACAACUCAAAGCUACCCAUUGUGCAUUUCAGAGGCAAAUCGAAGUCCGUAGAUGCGCAUUGGGAUCCAAAUGCCAACUCUGGUAUUCGCGGUAGCGUUAGCCUGACACCGGAAGGAGAGGUUCGCUGGCAGACCAUCUCGGUAUUCCAAGGCGGUGAGGAGCGAUGGCGCAGCGAUGGCAUUCAGGUUGGUGGGUUACGCUGCCCACGCGGUGUGGUAGGAACGUGGUUUGACAAGGACUUUGACGCGUAA